AUGCACCCGCGCAUCGGACCUCAAGUUCAGGCCGUUAUCCUUACACCUCUCCGUGCCUUUCCCGAAGCCCUGUCCAUUCUGGUUCCGCCCAACAGCCCGAUCCAUCAGGAAAGCGACCCCGAAAAGAUCAAAGCGUACGCCACAAUGGUUCAUCACUACUUGAACCGAGCCUACGAAGAGACAGAACUUGAGCAAUCCGGCGACACUAUGAAGCUCUUGACCGCAGCCUUCAUGUCUCUUGGCAAGUACGACCGUCGUCUAUGCCUGAGUGUUUCUGACGUUGAGAACAACAUCAAAGAAGCACAUAUUGGUGCUCGAGGUUGCUUAUCCAGCAAUAUCACUUUGCAGAUUCCGGAGACAAAUGUGUGGAAGAUGCGCUGGGAAGAGACCGUAGGCGUUUCGAUCAAAGCAGUGACCAACAGUGGUUGUCUGGUUGCACGACUCUCUCUCGAAAGCUAUACCAAUCCUGAGCACAUGGACAACGCAGGCUUGUGGAGCCAUGAUCUGGAUGGGGACAUCAAUCUUCUUUCUCCGAACAUGACUGCGUUUGAUGUGGACAUUACUUGUCAUGGUACAGACGCUGUCCUGAAGUCGGUCAAGCAGGUGUUAUCUCAAGCGAUGAACCUCAACAUCCUUACUGUCCAGCAAAUUGGACCCCCUUUGUCCUUUGAUUUCGCUGAACUAUCCAGCUUCAUUGUAUCAGACUCACUUGAGGCGAUGAACUUAUCCAAUGUCUGGUGUAAGGAGUCGGAUCUGGUCAUGUUCUUCAACACACAUAGAGACACUCUCGAGCAUCUUUGGCUGUAUCGCAUUCGUAUCGUAGGCUCCUGGAGAUCUCUAGUCCAGUGGAUCAGACUGAACCUUACUGCACUACACACAUUUGGCAUGGAUGAGGUCCUUGAUGACGAAUAUCAGCCGGACAAGAACGAUGAGCCAGUGCCAGCCUGCAACUUCGAUGAGGUAGACGACAUGCAGGCUGCCCUCCAAGGGCUUCUAGCAAAGCCGGAACGCAAAGAGUCUGACGAGGUCGAGGUUAGGGACCUCAACAAUUAG